UCUUGUGAAGUUGAAUUUGUAUGGAUGUCGAUCCUUGGAGGCACUUCAAGAGAGUAUCGGCAAGUUGAAUUCUCUUGUGGAGUUGAAUUUGUCUGCAUGUGUAUCCUUGAAGGCACUUCCAGAUAGCAUCGGCAAUUUGAACUCUCUUGUGAAGUUGGAUUUGAGAGUUUGUAAAUCCAUGAAGGCAUUUCCAGAGAGCAUUGGCAAUUUGAACUCUCUUGUGAAGUUGAAUUUGUAUGGAUGUCGAUCCUUGGAGGCACUUCCAGAGAGUAUCGGCAAUUUGAAUUCUCUUGUGGAGUUGAAUUUGUCUGCAGCACUUCCAGAGAGCAUCGGCAAUUUGAACUCUCUUGUGGACUUGCAUUUGUAUGCAUGUCGAUCCUUGAAGGCACUUCCAGAGAGCAUCGGCAAUUUGAACUCUCUUGUGAAGUUGAAUUUGGGAGUUUGUCAAUCCUUGGAGGCACUUCCAGAGAGCAUCGGCAAUUUGAACUCUCUUGUGAAGUUGAAUUUGUAUUGAUGAGGAUCCUUGAAGGCACUUCCAGAGAGCAUCGGCAAUUUGAAUUCUUUUGUGCAGUUGAGAUUGUAUGGAUGUGGAUCCUUGAAUGCACUUCUAGAGAGCAUCGGUAAUUUGAACUCUCUUGUGAAGUUGAAUUUGAGAGAUUGUCAAUCCUUGGAGGCACUUCCAAAGAGCAUCGGCAAUUUGAACUCUCUUGUGGACUUGGAUUUGUUUAGAUGUCGAUCCUUGCAGGCACUUCCAGAGAGCAUCGGCAAUUUGAACUCUCUUGUGGAGUUGAAUUUGUAUGGAUGUCGAUCCUUGGAGGCACUUCAAGAGAGUAUCGGUAAUUUGAAUUCUCUUGUGGAGUUGAAUUUGUCUGCAUGUGUAUCCUUGAAGGCACUUCCAGAUAGCAUCGGCAAUUUGAACUCUCUUGAGGACUUCGAUUUGUAUACAUGUGGAUCCUUGAAGGCACUUCCA